AUGUGUGACUUCUCAAAAUAUGGUAUUCCCAGCGAGGAGUGGCUACGUGUGGAAGCUACUUUGCCAGCCCCGCAAGAGCAGAGCCUUGCUGAGCUGAAGCUAGCCGCCAACGAUGGCAGAGAACUCGUGGCGCGAAAGACGAUGGCAGAGUUUUCAACCCACAUUUCCACGCAGGAUCACUUAAUUCCUGGUCGCGAUGGCUACAACUUGGAGGGGAGAAGUUAUCGUCCAACGUCGGCAUCUCCCACCGAGCUGCUGCCCAUAUACAUGCACUUUCAUGGGGGUGGCUUUAUGUUCGGUACUUUGAGUUCGGAAGAUGCCAUAUGUUCUCGGCUUGCUGUCAACGCACAGGUUGUUGUUGUCAAUGUCAACUACCGCCAUACCCCUGACUAUACGUAUCCAACCGCUUGGAACGAUGCCGAAGACGCCUUUCUUUGGGUCUGUGGGAACAUGACUCUAUUGAAUGGUGAUCCAAACAGAAUCGUGAUCGGUGGAAUAUCGGCUGGCGCGUGGCUCGCCGCUUCCUUGACGCAGGCAGCAUCAAGCUCAAAGCUUCCGGUCUCGCCAACGUCGGCCAUCUGCGGCCAGGUGCUGAUGAUUCCUGCUCUGGUAUACACUAAGUGCUAUGAUUCUCAAUUGCGUCAAAUAAGAGAUCCUAGUGUCUCGUCAUAUUCUCAGAAUGAGAACGCGCCAAUCCUGAGCAUGCGCAGGAAGCAGCUGUUUAAUGGUCUUUUAAAAGUGGAAAAUCCGGAUCCGACUGACAAACGGCUGAAUCCUGGGCUUUUGUCUUCGGAAGAUGCGAAGAAGCUGCCCCCAACGACACUUGGGAUUGCGGGCUAUGACCCCUUAAGAGAUGAAGGGCUGCUAUACGGCAAACUCUUGGCCGAAAAUGGUAUACCAACCAAUGUCAAUGUCUUCAAAGGGGUACCCCAUGGAUUCCGACGGUUCGGUGAGAGACUGUCGGUCUGCAAGCAAUGGGAUCAGAUCAUGGAAGAUGGAAUUCGAUGGGCUUUAGCGAAGCCUUCUACCUCAGGAGACUUUAUCAUUAAGGAACAUUAA